AAAAAAAAAAAAAAAAAAAAGAAAUUCGUUCACCAUUUUUGCUGUAAUAAACAGAACAAGUUUGAACAUAGAGUGACCGAGUGAGAUAUGAAGAAGCUCACUGCAAUUGUUUCCAUUUUCGUGAUCUUAACAUUCUCUUUUCAUGAAAUUGCGUAUGUUUCUUCAUCUCCUCUCUUACACCACGCAAAACAGGUUCACGAAGAGAAAUCUUCUACUGUAAGAAAUCUUGAACAGGAUCAAAAGCAUGCUGGUGAAGUGCAUUGCUCUAGGGAAAGAAGUAGGGCAGCUCGGAAAGUGAUAGAACAGUACUUGACACCGUUUGUUGAGCGAGAAAACUAUCAUUUUUCAAGAAACUGUAGACUUCACCCUGAAAAUGAUAUAUUCAGGGAUCAGGAGGAGCAUAAAAUUUUCGUAGACAGGCAUGAUUGGCGGUGUGGAUAUUGUAGAAAAGUUUUCCGUGAAGAAAAAUUUCUUGAUCAGCAUUUUGAUAACAGGCACUCCAAUCUUCUGAAUGUAAGUCAUGAUAAUUGCUUGGCUGAUUUAUGUGGAGCAUUGCAUUGUGAUGCUGUUAUGAAUUCCAAGUUCUCUAGAACUAAGUGUUAUCCAGCAGCUGCUGCAAAAAACCGUCACCUAUGUGAGAGUCUUGCUGACAGUUGCUUUUCCAUAAGCCAGGGGCCAUCAGCAAGCCGUCUUCAUGAAUUGUUUAUACACCAGUUUUGUGAUGCUCACACCUGCUCAGGGAAACGGAAGCCCUUCUCUAGAGGAGGCAAGGAGCAAAGUAGUUUCUUCCGCCUGGCUGCUGGAGCAUUGAUCUUGGUGCUACUUCCUGUGUUCUAUCUUUUUCUUUAUCUUGUUCAAAGUGAUAUGAAGGGUCGAACUCAGGAGCUUCGUCGCAUCUCAAAAGCAGGAUGGAAAGUCAAACCAUCAUGAGUCAUGAAUGGUGUGCCUCUUGUCCACUAUCAUCGUCUAGGGUGAAUGGUUUGACAUAGAUGGGAAGAUCCAAAGAUGUACUGCUUAAUGUUGAUUUUAGGCUUUCCUCCAAGAAGAUUCACCAUGGACGUCCAUGUCAAUCAAAGAAAUCUAGAGAACUCUUAUGGAGUGCAUGAAGGAAAUCAAGCUUCACGGUCGUCAAAAACCUUCCCUGCCAGUGACUGGGAAGUAUCAAGUGUUAAUUGAUGAUCAUACAUCUUUCGACUUUUUUCGCUUAAGCAAAGAACUUCGUUAUAAGAAGAACAGUUAACUAAUCCGUUUUCCAAAUUUUGCUCAAAAUUUGUGUAAUUGUUCCUGUUUGUAUGUUGUAUUGCAUUGAAAACCUAAAUGUACCAACCAAGAAGCUGCUGUCAAAAGGCAAAAUUUGUUUACACAUUCAGUGCCACCACCACCACCACCGCCACCUUUUGUAUUUGUCAUCCAAUAAUCAAAUGAGAAAGCUAAAUAGAUUUUCUGAUUUCCCUUGGGAAUGGUAAUUUGGUCUUGCAGAAACUCAAGAAAAGGCGGGGUAAUAGUUGUUUUGUGAAAUUUCAAAUUUUUUGUUUCAUUACAAACAGCAAAAUAGUAGAAAAUGAGAUUUUUC